AUGGAAUCACCCUUCCCGCCCACUACGUCGGCGGCGGGAGGUGGCAGCAUUGUCGCGAGACUCCUGCCCGAAGGCGGAUCCGGGCUCGAGGCCAUCACUUACCAGUAUCCUCUCAAACUGAUUUCGCCCUCCGGCUCUGCUGAAGAGAAGAGCGCGCUUGUCUUUCUGCUGUCCUAUGGCGGCGGCCUCGUGGGCGGCGACACCAUCAAUCUGUCAGUGGACGUCCGGCGCGGAGCACGCUUGAGUCUUGUUACGCAAGGCCACACCAAGAUUUUCAAGGCCGCUGACCCCGGCAUCGUCACUCGGCAAACCCUCGACGUUCACAUUGCGGAAGGGGCCGGGUUGUGUCUGCUGCCAGACCCCGUGCAGCCUUUCGAAGGUAGCAACUACCAACAAACCCAGAUCUUCAGAUUGGCACCGCAAUCCUCUCUCUGCCUGCUGGACUGGGUCACACAAGGGCGUACCGCCAGGGGCGAGAACUGGAGCCUCUCGAAAUGGACCGGAAGGAACGAGGUUUGGGUUUCACCCAAGGUCGCCGAUGGCGGCCGCGAGGCUGCGGCGCCUGAUCGAUUGCUCGUCAGGGACACGGUGAUACUCGACGGAGAUCAACGCCAUAUACAAAUCAAGACAUUACGGGACACGAUGCAUAACCUCAGCGUUUUUGGUACCCUGAUUCUGCGGGGUCCCCUGACAAAGUCACUGGGCGACUUCUUCCUCUCAGAGUUUGCCUUGCUACCAAGACUCGGGGCGAGAGACUUUCGGAGCGCCGAAGCAAGAGCGAACGAAGAGGAGAAGAGAACUCCAUUAGAGAAGUGGAGGGCCGAAAGGCAGAAGAAUGAGAUGGAGAGUCGCACCUUGUGGUCUGCAGCCAACGUAAGAGGCUGUAUUGCCGUCAAAUUUGGCGCCACCACCGUCGAGGCAGGUCGUGUCUGGAUUGGGUCCAUGAUCGCAAAGGAAGGAAGCCUGGCAGAGCAGUUUGGAAGUCAAGCCCUCAUGUGUAUACGAUAA